CGGAGCCGAACGGGGCCUCGGAGGAGCGGUUCGCUGGAAGGAAGCUGUGUUCCGCCUCCUUCCUGGGGAGGGCUCUGCGCUCUGGGCAGCUGGAGCGGAGCCGGAGACCGGGGGCGGGGGGCCAGGGUGGUCGGUGCGUGUUCCGGCGAAAUGGCCCGAGGCCGCGCUUGGCCUGUGCAGAGAGCACGGCAGGCCCUUCUGUUCAAGGUGAUUUCGUUCAUAAAGGUGAUCAAGUGCAAGGCAGCGGUUGCCUGGGAGGCCGGAAAGCCUCUCUCCAUCGAGGAGGUAGAGGUGGCACCCCCAAAGGCUCAUGAAGUUCGAAUUAAGAUUAUUGCCACUGCAGUGUGCCACACGGAUGCCUAUACCCUGAGUGGGGCUGAUCCUGAAGGGAGUUUUCCAGUGAUCUUGGGACACGAAGGUGCUGGAAUUGUGGAAAGUGUUGGCGCAGGAGUUACUAAGCUAAAAGCAGGUGAUACUGUCAUCCCGCUUUACAUCCCUCAAUGUGGAGAAUGCAAAUUUUGUCUAAAUCCUAAAACAAACCUUUGCCAGAAAAUAAGAGUCACUCAAGGAAAAGGAUUAAUGCCAGAUGGCACUAGCAGAUUUACUUGCAAAGGAAAGAAAAUUUUACAUUACAUGGGAACCAGUACGUUCUCUGAAUACACAGUUGUGGCUGACAUCUCUGUUGCUAAAAUUGAUCCUUUAGCACCUUUGGAUAAAGUCUGCCUCCUGGGUUGUGGCAUUUCCACUGGCUAUGGUGCUGCUGUGAACACUGCCAAGGUGGAGCCUGGCUCUACUUGUGCCAUCUUUGGCCUAGGAGGAGUUGGAUUGGCGGUUAUCAUGGGCUGUAAGGUGGCUGGUGCAUCCCGGAUCAUUGGUGUGGAUAUCAAUAAAGAUAAAUUUGCAAGGGCCAAGGAGUUUGGAGCCUGUGAAUGUAUCAGCCCCCAGGACUUUAGUAAACCCAUCCAGGAAGUGCUCGUUGAGAUGACCGAUGGGGGAGUAGACUACUCCUUUGAGUGUAUUGGUAAUGUGAAAGUCAUGAGAGCCGCGCUGGAGGCCUGCCACAAAGGCUGGGGCGUCAGCGUGGUGGUAGGAGUCGCUGGUGCCGGUGAAGAGAUCGCCACUCGGCCCUUCCAGCUCGUCACAGGACGCACAUGGAAAGGCACCGCCUUCGGAGGAUGGAAGAGUGUAGAAAGUGUCCCAAAGUUGGUGUCUGAAUAUAUGUCCAAAAAGAUAAAAGUUGAUGAAUUUGUGACCCACAAUCUGUCUUUUGAUGAAAUUAACAAAGCCUUUGAACUGUUGCAUGUAGGGAAGAGCAUCCGGACUGUUGUGAAGUUUUAAAUUAAAAAAAAAAAAAGAAAAUAUGUCCAUCCUUAUAACUGAAUCAUGUGAGCUGAUUGGAGCAGCCCGACAAGCUGGGAGAAGCUCUUACAAGUUCAUAGCCUCUUAGAUGUUCGGUAACCUACUCUAGGGAAUAAUGUUUUCUGUAUAAUUAAUAUCUCUAAUCAAGGGGAAGGCUAAUACAGUCAUAAAUCUGUUUUCUGGACUCUCCUUAUGAAUAAUUGUUAGCUCAUUAAGGAAUUUUUUAACAAAAUAAAAGUAAUUUCUGCAUAAAUGUUUA